CGGAAACUAUUCAACAAUUUGGUCCACCUGAACCGAUGUACAAUCACUAUCAAGAUUAAUACAUAAUGCGAAAGUUUAUUUUGGAGGAAAAUCUGCAUGAGAAAAGUAACGCUGAUAGACAUGAAAGUGAAGAUGAUCCUUUUACAGUGUACAGUUCUCAUAUUGAAAAUCCUUUCCAUCACUUCGUGGACCUGCGACAAUCCAUAAAAGAUAAAAUUAGUAGAAACGAAAUUUUUUACAGUUUCGAAAUUGUGUCUGUGAAGAAACCCAAAACAUUUUAUGAGAGGCUUCUUCUGGACAUGGAUAAGUAUUCGCCACUUUUUUAUGCAUUAACCUGGCAUAAUGAAGAAACUUCUAGCAAUGAUAGCUAUUUGCCUUUGGAUUUGGUAAAAAACUUUCCAUCAAAUACUCUUCUGCAUCUAGCAGCAAAAGAUCUAAAGCGUGAUGAAGUUGUUCGUAUUUUAAAGGAAGCUCUUGCCUGUGGAAUAAUUAAUAUAUUUGCUCUACAAGGAGAUUCAUUAUUCGAAGACGGUGACUUCAAGUAUGCAGAGGAUUUGGUUGCUUUCAUAAGAAAAGAAUUUGGAGACACAUUUUGCAUAGGUGUGGCGGGUUAUCCACAGAUGCAUCCGAAAUCGUUAUCAAAGGAACUCGACUUGUAUUACUUAAAAGCGAAAGUAGAAGCGGGCGCAGAUUUUAUUAUAACACAAAUAUGCUUCGAAUCUCAAGUUUUUAUAAAAUUCGUGAAAGACUGUCGAAACAUCGGAAUUGAGGUUCCAAUUCUUCCCGGAAUUUUGGCACCAAUGAAUUACGAGUGUUUAGAAAAGAUGACAGAUAUUUGCAAGCUUGAAGUUCCGAUUGAAAUUAAAGAUGAUUUGGCGCGAAUAAAGGAUGACAAUCAAGCAGUAAGGAAAUUUGUAAUUGAUUUAACUGUGAAGAUAAUUACAGACGUAAUUAAGAGCGGAACUACAUGCGGUUUUCAUCUAUUUACGUUGAACAGAUUAUCGUUAGUGGCGGAAAUAUGCAGGCGCGUAGAAUUCCCCAAAGCGGGAAGUGCGUAGCAAAUUCGCCGGUAUUCAAAAUCUACAUUUUAGAAAAAUUCUUAAUCAAAAAUUAAUUUCUGUAAUUACAUAAAAUA